AUCUAGCUGGCUGGCGUGUCCUAGCUGAGCAAGCGCAGCCGAACCCAACCCACAUCUCUUCCAGGCGGGAAGGCUCCCCCCGACUCUGUAACCCCCAGCCGCACCCCGCUCGGCCGGCGGGCAUCUGCUGCCUGUCCCGCCCGGGGCGCCCGCGCAGCCUCGAUGUUCCAGCUGCCCAUUUUGAAUUUCAGCCCCCAGCAAGUAGCCGGGGUAUGCGAGACCCUGGAGGAAAGCGGCGACGUGGAGCGCCUCGGUCGCUUCCUGUGGUCGCUGCCCGUGGCCCCGGCAGCCUGUGAGGCCCUCAAUAAAAAUGAGUCGGUGCUGCGCGCGAGAGCCAUCGUGGCCUUCCACGGUGGCAACUACCGCGAGCUCUACCACAUUCUGGAAAAUCAUAAGUUUACUAAGGAAUCGCACGCCAAGCUGCAGGCACUGUGGCUCGAAGCUCAUUACCAGGAGGCAGAGAAGCUGCGUGGACGACCCCUGGGGCCAGUAGACAAGUACCGGGUAAGGAAGAAGUUCCCGCUGCCGCGGACCAUUUGGGAUGGCGAACAGAAGACUCACUGCUUCAAGGAGCGCACACGGCACCUGCUUCGAGAGUGGUACCUUCAGGACCCAUAUCCCAACCCCAGCAAAAAGCGAGAGCUCGCCCAAGCAACCGGACUGACCCCCACGCAGGUGGGCAACUGGUUCAAAAACCGCAGACAAAGAGACCGGGCAGCUGCAGCCAAGAACAGACUCCAGCAGCAGGUUCUGUCGCAAGGCCCCGGGCGGGUGCUACGCUCGGAGGGUGAGGGCACGCCAGAGGUGCUGGGCGUCGCCUCCAGCCCUGCUGCCAGUCUGUCCAGCAAGGCGGCCACUUCGGCCAUCUCCAUCACAUCCAGCGACAGCGAGUGCGACAUCUGACCUGUUCACUCAUCACACUUAGAAACAGAAUCCAGUGUAAAAAUCAGAUGCACAAAAUAAGAGAGGACCGACCGGAUCAGCAAAUACGACGCUGGCCCCGUGGCCAGGGACCGGCGGGCUUAAACUGCUCUAGUAGCGAGUUUCUAUCGCAACUCUGGGGCGUGCGGUGAGGCCUGACCCAAUGCCAUUUCUCUUCACGUUGCUUUUCCUGGAGGAUCUGGCUGCAAAGACUCGUUUGGAACACAACUGCACGCUGAGCGCCUGCCCUUGAGUCUCCUGUGGGUAUUUCAUUUGUCGAAAGGACGGUGUUAUAUAUAUAUAUGUAUGUAUAACUUUUCCUUUGAAGGUUUCUUUUUUAAAAAAAAAACAAAACAUAUAUAUAUGCUGUUUAUUUACUUAUUUAAAAGACUUCCAUGAUAGGUUUCUCUGUAGCUUGGGGAACUUGCUGUUCUAAAUGAGCGAGCUCAUGCAUUCUGUGUGAAGAAGCCAAAUAAUAAAACACCUUGGUGAGUAACCUUUCUUAAUGAAGGGAGCUGCUAUCUCAGAGUUUAAAAAAUCACUCGUAUUCCCUUUACCGGGCAGGCAGGAUGGAAUCCUGUCCAAAUAGUCUCUCUGACUUCUCUAUUUCCUUUGAUAUCUCAGUAUCUAUUUUUAAGCAACCACGGAUAAACCGCUAACCACUGGCCACAUCGGAUUGUAUAAAAGUGUAGCAUAUGUAUAUACAAACAUAUGCACAUUGUCAUUGUCCCAGAAUUUGGAGCAUAGAUACGCCGUCCGGCCGUCUGGCCGUCUGCGCCAGCGCUUUACAUUCCGCACACAGGUGAUCAUGGUUUGCCCACCUGAUCAUUUUUAUUAAAUGUUAGUGAUUUUCAAGAACAAUUCGAGAAGACAAAUUCUAGACUCAGGCAAUGAAUCCUACUUUACAGAAAAAAAUGCAAAGACGUGCGUGAGAACUUUAUAAAAAAGUGUUUCCAUUUUGAGGCCCUCGCCCACUCAGAAGCAGUGUGUGCGCGCUCGUGAUCGUAGGGCGGGCAUAUAGAGCAUGUAGAAUUUUUACUAAUGCAUGCGGUUUUUAUCAAGACCAUUAAAAAAGAUCGGAGAGGUUGUCAGUAACUAGACUAGCAUCUUCCUGCUUCAGACAUGGGUUUUAGUCAAGUAAAUUAUUUUCACCAAGAGAAAUCAGUAUACAGGUUAUAUAUUGACCAGAAAGCAAGCUACAGAGAAAUGACGGGCAUUUUCUAAAUCAAUGCUCUCUACAUUUAACACGCAAACAAUUCAUCAGGAACUUCAUUGCCUUGGGAGUAACCUUAGUUAAAAUAUAAAAUAUUGUUAGCAUGUAACUGUUCUUUUUACAUACACAGGUAUAUACCUCAUGCAUGUGCAGGCGCACGGUAUGUGCGCACACACACACACUACCACUUUUGCACUAAGAAAGUAAAUAAUAUUCAGAUAAUCUAAGAUUUUGCUUUCUCUAGUGAAAUGGAUUGCACAUUACAAAAUUUGACAUUGAUCUUUAAAUCACUUGAGCUGGACUUCUCGCCCAGUUAGAGUUCUUUUAAUUCACCUCUCUGUCCUAAAAGGUACUCCACAGGUCAAACAAACACCUGCUAACGUUUCUGAAGGCAAAAAAAAAAAAAAAAAAAAGUAAUGAAAAAUGAAGUUACAAAAGACAAUAGAUAGUCAAGUGACUAUUGGAAGCCCAGGACGUGAGAAAAGGCUAAUGUAUGUACGCAUGUAUGUUUAUGUAUGUGUGUUUGUAUGAAUGUAUGCAUACAUGCAUGCAUGUUUGUAUGUCACUUAAGCAGAGCUGGCUUCUGUGGGCUUGAAAAUUAUCAUCACUGUCCAAAUGUUCCUUAUCUAGAAAAUCUUUGCAAAUUGAAACUGUCUUAGCAAAAGAGCAGUAGAUGGACAGGUUUAGGGAGCAUUUGUGAUUGAAUAGGUAAUUCUCAAAUUGAACCAAUACCCUACAGUGGUCCAUGCUAUCUCUGCUGAUUUCUAAAGUCCCUGGUAGUACUUUGAUUGCCAAGGAACAGUCUGGGGCACCAGAGGAGAGUGCAAAUGUUAAGAAAGUAUUCCUUUUCCUGGUCCUGAGAGUGACAACCCAUAGCGACCUGAAACUGAGUAGCUCCUUAAUUUUGUACCCUUGGUUAGUGGUGGUAUUGUGACUCUAACUGGAAGACCUCUGGAGGUUUAGGAUCAGUCUGGUCUACAAGGUGAGCUCCAGGCCAGCCAUGGCUACACGGUGAGGUUUUUGUUUUUAACAGAGUGUUUCAUAAAACCAACAUAUUUCACCUGAAGUUCACCUCACCCUAGUCUAGAAUCAGCCUAGCAGGAUUGCGCUUCAAUGGGAAAUUCCUGGCUCUCAAUCUUACAGUCCAGCUCUGUCUCCUCUCAUUUCAGUCAUAGAUGAUCCAGAACCAGUAAUUGGAGAGGCUCACUGGCAAAUUUCAUCUCUUAUUUUUGUGAUCCCAGGUCAAGUAGAAAAGAAGGAAAGAACUAAUUAGUAAACUGAUGUACAAGAAUUUGAGAUUAUAAAAAUCCUAACCUACUCGCCAUAUUCGAAUGACUGAAAUAGAAGGAAACAUCUACUCUCUCCAGAAAUAGAGCAAGCCUCAGAAACUAAGCUUUCUCUGUGUGGAACAACGUUUAAUUCCCCUUACGGAAAAUAUUUCCCUAUCUGCAUUGGUGAAGGCUUUUAAAUAUAUUAUUUACCUAAAUUAACAAGCUGCCCAAGAAUUACAUUUAAAGUAGUUAUAAUGCUUCAAAAACAUGCAGAUUUAUUAAUCUGAUUUCAUGUUGAAAUCUUGGGGCACCAACAUUGUUCGAAAGAUAUUUUUGUAUGUGUACCUGAAAUCUGGUGUCACGUAAUUGCUCUGUGAUUAAUUCUUGGAAUGACCCCAGGUUGGAAAUUAGGCCAGACCUUCAAACAUCUACUUAUCUAAUCACCUGAACCAGCCCAUAAACACGUAUUAUGAAGAUUUUCUUUUAAAAAAAAAUUCAAUUUUAUCCUAGCCUAAGCUGCGUUAAAAAUCGAGGCAGUAGAAAGGCUCCAAUAAAGGUUCUGAAUCGAG